GUCAGGUGGUGUUCCCUGUGGAGUAAGGUCCUAACUUUGACUCUGUCUUUCAGGUGGUGUUCCCUGUGGAGUAAGGUCCUAACUUUGACUCUGUCUGUCAGGUGGUGUUCCCUGUGGAGUAAGGUCCUCACUUUGACUCUGUCUGUCUGGUGGUGUUCCCUGUGGAGUAAGGUCCUAACUUUGACUCUGUCUGUCAGGUGGUGUUCCCUGUGGAGUAAGGUCCUCACUUUGACUCUGUCUGUCUGGUGGUGUUCCCUGUGGAGUAAGGUCCUAACUUUGACUCUGUCUGGUGGUGUUCCCUGUGGAGUAAGGUCCUAACUUUGACUCUGUCAGGUGUUCCCUGUGGAGUAAGGUCCUAACUUUGACUCUGUCUGUCAGGUGGUGUUCCCUGUGGAGUAAGGUCCUCACUUUGACUCUGUCUGGUGGUGUUCCCUGUGGAGUAAGGUCCUAACUUUGACUCUGUCUGUCUGGUGGUGUUCCCUGUGGAGUAAGGUCCUAACUUUGACUCUGUCAGGUGUUCCCUGUGGAGUAAGGUCCUAACUUUGACUCUGUCUGUCAGGUGGUGUUCCCUGUGGAGUAGGGUCCUAACUUUGACUCUGUCAGGUGGUGUUCCCUGUGGAGUAGGGUCCUAACUUUGACUCUGUCUGGUGGUGUUCCCUGUGGAGUAAGGUCCUAACUUUGACUCUGUCUGUCAGGCGGUGUUCCCUGUGGAGUAUGGUCCUAACUUUGACUCAUCGCUGCAAACCCUGGUGUGCCACUUCCUGUCUAGGCUGGAGGAGCUGCUGCCGGUCCCAGACUUCAAACAGACUGCGUUGUUGAUCAGUGCUGCCCCCUCUGUUCUGGAGGACUACAUGCGCUGUGUCUCUCACGGAGAGGACCUGAGGUCUCUGCUACAGAACCAACACUGCCCCGGGAAGCUGCCCAAGAGCGUUCCCUCGAGGACAGAGGACCGUCUCCUCGUCUCGUUAUCCUUCCCUCCAUCACUGAGACUGGCCAAUGCCUCGCGCCACAGCGCCCGCGACAGCCCGCCCUUGGAGAUCAGAGACGACCAGGGGCUUACGACUGACGGUGCGACUGACCAAUGGGCCGAGUUAAAAACAAGUGCGGAUAAAAACACUGGAACGGAUUCAGUAGAAACCCAAGGAUCUGAAGGAGAGGAUCACCUGAAGGGGAGACCGAAGUCUGAGGAAGGACGAGAAGCAGUCGUCUCGGAGCACCAAUACUCCCUGAGCAGCACUACAGCUGAACACGCCCCAUCGUCCACGUCCGGUGUGUCACCCGAGCAGCCGCGGCAGCGCGUGGCCCACAGGUGUCCCCAGUGCGGCCGUUGUUUCAUCUACCGCUAUGAGAUGCUGGAGCACCAGAGACUCCACACGGGGGAGAACCCUUACAAGUGUUCCCAGUGUGGUAAGACCUUCAGAAGGUCCUCGGAGAUGUCCACCCACCGCCGAACGCAGUGCUCCAACGCUGCCUAUGUCUGUAUUAAAUGCGGGAGCAGUUUUGGGUCGGUCAGAGAGCGGGUCAGCCACCGGUGUUGUAGACGUGGUUUGGGUCAGGCGGGCCAGUUUGAGUGUCCGCAGUGUGGGAAAGUCUUCAAGUGGCACAACUCAGUGAAGAAACACCUGGCAACCCACUCCACUGACAAGGUCAUCAACUGCAGGUACUGUGGGGAGGGACCAUUCCUGGGCGUGGCGGAGCUGAGGGCCCACCAGAAGGCCCACGGUGCCGAAGACAAACCCUACAAGUGUAAACAGUGUGGAAAGGGCUUCAGCUCCCAGGUCUGGCAAAAUAACCACGAGCAACGUCACUCCCAAGAGAGGUCCAAGAUCUGCCCCAGCUGUGGAAAGGCCUUCCGGUGUAAAGGAGACCUGAAGCUCCACAUGCGGACUCACACCGGCGAGAGGCCGUACCAGUGUACCUACUGCACCAAGCGGUUCUCUGUCAACGGAAACCUGACGAUACACAUCAGGACGCACACAGGGGAGAAACCUUUCCUCUGCUCUGACUGCGGCAAGGCCUUCUGCUCCGCAGGAGAGCUGCAGAUCCACAGGAGAACACACACUGGGGAGAGACCGUACAAAUGCACCGUCUGCGAGAAGGGCUUCACCAUGGCCAGUAAGGUCACACUUCACAUGCGUGUACACACAGGAGUACGACCCUACAUCUGCCACGAGUGUGGUAAGGCGUUCUCUCGCGGUGCGGAGUUGAAGAAACAUGUUCUGAACCACACUGGGGUGAGACCGUACCCCUGCCAUCUCUGUUCCAAGACCUACACCUGUCUAAAUCACCUGAAGAGACAUUUAAAGACUCACUCUGCCUCCCAGUCGUUGGAUGUGAGCAGUGGAUCGACUGUAGUAGAAUGACCACUUGCAGAGGAAAUACGUAUUGUGAAUAUAAAAUGUUAUUUUCUAAUGACUGCUCGUAAGGAGCGAUAGUUGGAAGUCGACUGUGUGCAAUAUACUUCAUUGUUAAUAAUUGGGACUAGGACUCUGCUUCUAUUUUUAUUUUUUAGAGGAAGUGUAAUGUUUGUUUGCUGCUGUUGAGUCUGGGAACAAAGGUCGUCUUCAGUUGAGGCUCAUCUAAAUAUCACCUUUCAGCUUGUUGACAUUUCACAUGUUUUCAACGUUAUCAGCUAUGUAAACUAUCAAAGUCAGAACUAUCAUUUUGUGGUCAUCUAGUUAUGAGGGUGUGUGAAUACAUCUUCUGCACAUUAAAAAAAAAACACUUGAAAAUCA